AUGAAACGAGACAGUCAACGUAGAGGGCGUUCUGUCGCCGAGGGAAUCCCGAUAAUUCAUACUCGUUCUCCAACUCCAGUCCUCAACGACCCAUCUUUUUCAUCAUGGGAAAAUCAAGCCGUUCAUCCAUCCCCGGGCGCUUGCAAUCACCUGGCUCUUCCGCAAGUAAACGUCACUGCUAAAUAUGACACCCCAGUCGAAAGGGACUAUAUCGAGUGCGAGAUGGCCGACGACUAUGGCAACGGUGAUGGCUGUGCCUAUGGAGGCUUCCAAACACGAUCCACAGCAUCGGAUUCGCAUUCUCAGACGCAGCCCAAUCUCGAUGCUUUCUCGAGCCAGUUGUAUCAAGCAUGCGGGGACGGUAGCCAGCAUGACCAGCCUUUCUACAGUGACGAGGCAAGCACCAGCAACCAUGCCAAUUAUCAUAGCCAAAUGAAUUUGGACUUCUCGUACCUCUCCGAUUUCAAUCAAGGAGAAGCUCUAGGUUUCUCUCAGCAAGAUCUUCAAGGUGUACAAGGACAAUCUCCAAUAUCUCCAAACGCACCAUUGGAGGACUGCUAUCAGAUCUCAGAAAUCACUGCACAAAUGUUGGAACAUUCCACAGUGAAUGAUCCUGAAAGCCUGCAAAUGGCUGCCACUCUGGCCGACCAGAGUGACGAUCCCUGGAGCCAACUACGUAUCCCCCAAGACAGCAGAGAACAGCUAUGGCAUGGUCUACAAGAGACUCAAACGCGGCUGUAUUACGACGCUGCCAUGGCUUCUGCCCCUGAUGACUCUAAUUUGUCUCUUGAUAACAACUACGGCCCUCUUCAUGGCAGCCAGUCUGAGCUCGAAGCCUUUCCACAGGACCCGUCAAUUGGGGUUCGUAGCCCCGGCAUCAAUAGCUAUAAUCAUGAGGCAUCUGACGGAGGGAGAAGGAGAGGCGGGCGUCAGCGUGGUUCUCAUCUGCCGGCGGAGACUGCAAAUAAUGCCCGCACGGUUCGACAAGUCGGUUCCUGCUUGCGCUGCAUGACUCUCAGGGAGCAGUGCUCCGGGGGCAGCCCUUGCAGAAAAUGUUCGGAUAUCGCCUCAAACCAGAGAAAUCGAAAGUGGAAGGGUUGCUACCGUAGCUUUGCAGAACUCGCGGCAACCCUGUCACCAGGUUUCGGAGAAAAUAUCGAGAUCAUCGGAAUGGAGUUCAUCCCAAAGAUGCCCGGGGCUUCCGACUCACGGGCGGUCUAUGCGGAUGGCGAGGGGUUGGCUACGACUACUUACCGUAAGAGUGGCCUUCCGGUGGUUCCUACUUGGAAGAACAGGGGGGAAACAGGUCAGAUGUUAAGCAGAUGGCUCAAGAGGACAGUGACAGAUGGCCAAAGCAUAAAGAAGUGGCUCAGAUCCUGUUUUCCGUGCGGCAGGGCAUACUGGACCCAGUUCCUUCUCGGGACGAUGUGGUCAUACACUAUGAGAUGCUUCAAUGAGGGGCGAGAAGAUGGAAAUGAUCUCAACGGAAUCCUCCUGAGAGCAUGGAAGAUGACUCUUGUCGUAACAUGUCUCUCGAUUCGGAUCGUCGUACCGGAAGACGCCACGAAGACCAUUCUCAACAAUCUGCGACACUAUCAAUGCGUGGAAGAGAAUCCUCCUGUAAACUCCUCACGUCUAAUAAACAGAGGCAUAAAGCAUCUAUUCCUCGAUAUAUACAGACAGCUUGUGGAGAACGUCCUCUCUGACAUGGACAAGUUUGUGAAGGAAAGGCUUUCGUCCAUCAAAGAAAGGGCAUGGGGACAUAUGCUCUGUGUCUCGAUCCUCCUCGUUGUGGUCAUCAGCCAGGUGCAGAUCUCGCUUGUCGAUAACCUCAUCCUUUCCAGAGAAGAUGGCCGUGACCAACUAGAAGAGACACGAGAAGAGACCCUGGAGGCUUUGGAGAACCUGGAAGCAGGGGCCAGCAACAUCAUCCAGGUCUUUCACGGCAAACAUAACAGGGCAGGAACCAGAUCUGCCGACUCGCGGAACGGCCAUGCUCUUCCGCUCCACGACACCAGCAGGAUUCAGGAUGGAAAUGUACGCCAGCUUGUGUGUGAAAUCCAAGCUAUCAAGCAGCAGUACAAAAGAAGUAUGUGA